CAACUGAAAGCGGUUUACGAGCGGCGUGUCAGAAUGACAACAGUAAACGGGUAUGUGCGGAGAUACUAACACGGACCUCGGUGCACGUAACAAGCUUGGUGACGGUCCAAGUGGGUAGCAGACGACAAUUGCAGCAGACGACAAAUGCAGUAGUGAUUCUAGCACAACAUUUUCGUUCUUCACAGAGGAUAUACGACACUCAUUCUGGAUUAUAUUUACCUCCUACUGUGAAUUUUACCCAAGCAUUUGUGAAUUGGCAAUAUGUAUGUCAUUGUGCGCUACGGAGAUCGACAACAGCACAUCUUCAACCCCAACUGUCGGAGCAGCACUUUGCUGAGGAGCAUCAGAGACAAAUGCACCUGUGGAGAUCCUGCGGAGGACAUCGAGCUGUCGGACGAGUGUGGGAACAUCAAGUACCUCCGUGACGCACACAACAGAUACGCAAAUGAAGUGCUGGGGGAGCGUGAGACGCUCGUGUUGCUCCGAGUGGACGGUACGGAACACCCCUACCCCCGCUACACACCCCUACUGAAGGACGAAGAGGCCAUCACGGAGGAGUUUCUAGCCCGGCUUGUGGUCAAGGAUGAACCUGAGAGCCGACCCCAGAGCCUGCGAAAGGGCAAAGGCCGUGGACUGUCAUCAGACAAGGAGAAGUCCAGCAAGGAUAAGGUCAACAAGGACAAAUCUCGUCAAACAAAGCAUUCGCAGGAGAGGCCCGCGAGAUCACGUUCCAGACAGGCACGAGAACAGUGAUGUUAUUCCCAAGUCACUUCCGGCAGCUAUGAAUAUCAGCAUAAACUUAACAUUAGCAUUCGACACUUUUCAUUUUGGAAGCCAAGUUGCGUACACCAGUUCAACAUAUCAAAGACGUCUAUGUACGGUGUCCAUACUCUGAUAUAAAGUGUUAAACAUCAGUGAGUGAGUAUGGUUUUACGCCGCUUUAUAGCAAUAUUCCAGCAAUAUCACGGCGGGGGACACCAAAAAUGGGCUUCACUCAUUCUACCUAUGUCGGGAAUCGAACCCGGAUCUUCGGCGUGAGGAGCGAACGCUUUAACCCCUAGGCUACCCGACCGCCCCUGUUAAACAUCAACUGUAAAUGUAUCGCGCCUUAGCGCAGAAUUCAAAGGUCUUGUCUCCAGUAAUGUCGUUAUGUGUGUCGACAAACUCCAUAAAUGGGAGCGGAAAUGUCAGUUUGCGGAUAACAUCUACGUGUGUGUAUUUUUAUUACCAAUGCAUGUAGAAUCAUCACAUUUCAGAAUAAAACUCGAUUGCCUAUCGACUUUGGAGUAAUUAAUGUGAAUAUAACACGUACACGUAAAAUGAAAUAGUAUAUGUCAUAAAUUUUAUAUUUUAGUUAUCCGUAUAAAGGCGCCAAAUAUCUUACCAAACAUUUUUAUACUAGCAUACGCUUAAAUAUGAAAUGAAAGUCGAUGUAAGUUGUGUAAUAAACGUCUACC